AGCAGAGCAGAAAUGGCAGCAAAGCGGCUCGCCAACGAGCUCGGCGCGUACAAUCGCGAGCCUUCGCCGGCCCUCUCGCGCCUUGAGCCUGCCAGCGACCAGGACAUCUUCCACUGGUCUGCGGUUCUGAGAGGGCCCGAGGGGACCGCGUACGAAGGCGGUCGAUGGCACCUUUCAAUCGCCGUACCCCAGCAGUAUCCCAACACGCCUCCCGCCAUACGAUUCCAGACGCCCAUCUGCCAUCCCAACGUCAACUUCAAAACAGGAGAGAUCUGCCUCGACCUGCUCAAGACCUCGUGGACGCCAGCGUACGGCAUCGUGAGCACAUUGGAAGCAGUACAGCAAUUGUUGAGUGCGGGAGGAGAGCCGGAUAGUCCGCUCAAUAUCGACUUGGCCGUGCUGCUGAGAGAUGGUGACCUGGUGGGGGCCGAGGCACUGGUGAGAUUCUACACACAAAUGCUCGCUGUCCCGCGGCCGUGAGCAGAAAGAUGUAAUCCCAGCUCCUAGUCUCACGUGUAGCGGCCAACAGUCGGCCAGCAUGGCCGCCACGCGACAUUGAACGACCAACCUCGCAAUCGCUGUCCGGCGCGCACUCCUUCCCGGCCUCCUUUUUCCGCUAUACUGUCUCCUUGCUCCUAGGCAUGUUUGAGUCGGCCAUCAGCCCUUCACUCCUUCUCAUUGCAUCAAUGUGGUAUCGAAGAAGCGAGCAACCUCGAAGAGUUGGCUUUGGGUACAUUGGCGUAGGCUGUGCUACUAUACCGGAUCUCUGAUGUCGUUCGGCUUCCAGCAUUAUACGAGCGAUCGGUUCACUUCUUGGCAGAUCAUGUUCUUGGUCGUUGGGUUCAUCACAAUUGGUGCCGGUCUAUUAGUCAUCGCGUUUAUGCCGGACAACCCCAUGAGCGCCAAGAGGCUCACGCACGCAGAGCGUGUGGCAGCAGUGAAGAGAUUACGAGAAAACCAAACGGGUAUUGAGAACAAGAUAUGUGGGCGAAUCACGAGAAUCUACAGCUGCUAACGCAGGCUCGGACAAGACAUUGAAACCAUAUCAAGUCCUGCAAUGCCUUGUGGAUCCGCAAACAGCAUUACUCUUUCUCAUCACGACUGCAGCAUCCAUUCCGAAUGGAGCCGUUGGCAGUUUCCAAUCGAUUCUAAUCAAGUCAUUCGGCUUCACGAACAAAGAGACGGCUCUGCUUCAGAUACCCGGCGGAGUCAUCGCUGUCAUCAGCGUUCUCACAGCAACCUGGGCAUCAGCACGCUGCAAUGCUCGAGGGCUCAACAUAAUGUUCUGGAGCGCCAUUGGUGGCCUGCUUGGAGGUGGCCUCCUGGCCUUUUCUUCUGAUGACAACCGCGCUAGCAAGCUUGCGGGCAACUAUAUCACGCAUGUCGUCGGUGCAUUUCUGCCUUGUGCAUACUCCUUUGCUGCAGCAAAUACCGCUGGCCACACAAAGAAAGUCACUAUGAACGCAUUGCUUCUAAUGGCGUUCUGCUUGGGCAACAUCCUUGGACCUUUGACGUUCCGAAACGAGGAUGCCCCAUCUUACACUCCUGCCAAAGUCAUGAUUGUUGCCGUCGAUUCUACCGCCAUCGUCUUCUCGAUCGCCUUGCUGGGUUGGUAUUACCUCCAGAAUCGAAAGCGGGAGAGGAACACUGCAACAGUACCUCACAUGCCUGAUUUUGAGUUUGCGGAUCUCACGGAUCGUGAAAAUCCACAUUUCAGAUAUAGUUACUAGGAAUCGAAAAUCUACAUGCCGUUCAUU